AUGCCAGCAGCUCCAAGUUCAACGGCAGUGGGAUCAGGUGGUCGUUCGCCAAGUAAAGCUUCGAUCGCUCCUAGAGCUUCCACAGGUGGUACUGUUAGACAGAGGAAAACAACAACUACGACAACUGCUGCCAGAAGCCGUGCGACUGGUGCUGGUUCUGGAGGCAUGUGGCGAUUCUACACUGAUGAUUCUCCUGGUGUUAAAGUAGGACCUGUGCCAGUGCUUGUUAUGUCCCUUCUGUUCAUAGCAUCAGUGUUUAUGUUGCACAUCUGGGGAAAAUAUACUAGGGCUUAA